AGUCCCAAAAUGGCAAUUAUUAACCUUAACUGCGUCGUCAUUGGAAGAAAUUCUGAAAAGGAAACUUUUACGAUUGAGAUUUCUAAUGACAAAAAGUAUGAAUUGCUUAAACAUAUGGUAAAAGAACACUUGGCGCCUUUAUUUGAUUCAAUUCCUUCUACUCAAAUCACACUUCGUUCAUCCCCCGACAAUGGUCCAAUAUUUAAACCAAUGGUUAGAAUUUCUAAAAACUUUACUACUUAA